AUGUUGAUCCUAGCUGUUGUAUAUUGCGUUAUAAGUGUAGAAAGUACAAAGCUAACUGCUAUACCGAAUGGUGAAAAUGAUGUUAAAAAAUCUAUAACCGAUGAUAAAUAUAUUGACACUACAACGACAGAAGUUAUUGAUUUCUUAGAAACAGUCAUUGGAAUGAUUGCUGGUAACUAUGAUAAAUCAAUGAAGUCUAAAAAGACUUAUAAAUGUUGCUGUUCAAAUAACACAAACCAGAAUAUUGAAAAAGUUGGUAAUUCAAAUGAAACAAAAGCAGAAGGUUUAGAAGUCAAUAUAAAAGCUAAUAGUUUUAAUGUUACUGAAAACAAUACAUUAACAACGGAAGAUAAUAACGUCAAAACUGACUCUUCUACGUAUGCAACUACUACCUUCACUAUAACUGAAAUUAAUGACAAUGAGAACAAAUCAGUUACCACGCAUGAAAAGGAAACUACGAAAAAUGAGGUCAAUGGCAACGAAGACUUACUACCUAAUCUCAAUAAGGCAAAGGAAUAA